AUGGCCACAGGGCAGGCAAGGGGGCAGCAGGGCCCAGACCUGGCCCUCAGCCCUCAGAAGCCCCCUGAGGGGGUCAUGGCUCCCAAGAAUGGUGCUGAGGGGCAUCCUUUGACUAGGAGGAAGAGCAAAAGGGGGCUUCGAGGGUCCCAGAAGGGCAGCUCUGGGGAGCAGACCCCCAUCCAGGGCCGUGAGGCCCCAGGGAGCAUCAAGAACCCCUCUAGGACGGGAGAAGGGCGGGAGGGGCCAACCCCUGCAGCCCCUGUGUCGGGCUCUCGUCGGCAGUCCCACCGGCACCGUUCUGCCCCGCAGCACGAUGCUGCUCAGAGGACAUACGGGCCCCUGCUCAACCGCAUCUUUGGGAAGGACCGCGAGCUGGGCCCCGAGGAGCUGGAUGAACUUCAGGCCGCCUUCGAGGAGUUUGACACUGACCAUGAUGGCUACGUUGGCUACCGGGAGCUGGGCGCCUGCAUGCGGACACUGGGCUACAUGCCCACUGAGAUGGAACUCAUCGAGGUCUCGCAGCACGUCAAGAUGCGAAUGGGUGGCCGCGUGGACUUUGAGGAAUUUGUGGAAAUGAUGGGCCCAAAGCUGAGGGAGGAGACGGCGCACAUGUUGGGGGUGCGGGAGCUGCGCAUCGCCUUCCGAGAGUUUGACAGGGACAGGGAUGGACGAAUCACGGUGGCGGAGCUGCGGCAGGCAGCACCGGCUCUGCUGGGGGAGCCACUGCUGGGUCCUGAGCUGGAUGAGAUGCUCCGAGAUGUGGAUCUCAAUGGAGACGGCACCGUAGACUUUGAUGAGUUUGUGAUGAUGCUUUCCACCCACUGA